GGAAGUAACCGGAUGUUAGCUUGGCUAGCUUAGCCCUAACAGAAAACCGUUUUAAAGGUUGUUUAAAAUGAGUGUGUGACUGGUGUUUUCGAUUAGUCUGCUGAUAUUUUUCAUGGAAACGUCGCCGUUGUGCAUUUCUUCUUCAGUGGGUGAGGUUACCUCCAGCGGAGGUUUUCUGCACGGAAUGGAAUUAGCUUUUAUUAGCAACCGUUAAUUUGACUGUUAGGCUCCGUGGAGACAAGGCAGAGUCUUAAUCAGUGCGUCUGAGGUUGAAGCGUUUUAAAGUUCGUGGCUAUUGCCACAGGACAAAUCCACACUCUUAAGUUUUGGGAGGCUGCGAGUGGAACACCAGAUCAUGUGUGGACACUUCCGGACCGAGUGGACCCAGAACAUCUUUCCCAGAUGCUGAUUUGUCUCUAUGCAGCAGAGAAACAGCAGAAUAUCCAGGUUAUAUGACUGAAACCUUGAUCUUCUAGAACGAGAAGGUUUGAAGACAAGAAUCGUGAAGGCCGAGCAAGAAUGUCUGCAUUGGUGAAAGUUGAAGCGGACAAACCCAGAGAGCUCAGUUUGGAGGCUCCAAGACCUGUAGCGUCCAAUUCAGACCAGACUAAGAUGGGGCAUAAGAUGUUGGUGUUUAAAGUGGCUCCCCAUGACGAGAGCCCUGGUUUGGACCAGCAGGACUCAGAAACCCCCCACAUAAAGGAGGAAGAUGAGGAAGUGUGGAUCAGUCAGGAGGAAGAGCAGCUUAUUGCAAAUGGUAAAGAUGAAAAGAAAAGUCAGUUAUCAGACUCUCAUCAGAUCAAAACUGAAGACCACAGAGAUACCAAAAGUUCAACCAGCAGCUCAGCUGAACAGAUGGAAACAGAAGCAGAAGAAAAGGACUGUGGCGGACCAGAACCAGACGGGAUUACAAGUCCAAUAUGUUAUUUUCGACCAACUGAGGUGACAGGAAAGGAGAAAAGAAAAACACCUGAUCUGCGUUCCAAAUUCAUGGCUCCUACCAGAGGAAGCCCAUUUCAUUGCAAUUUUUGUGGUAAAAGAUUCAAACGUAAGACUAAUGUUAAAUUACACAUGAUGAUCCACACAGGCAAUAGAGAGCAUAGUUGUGAUGUCUGUGGGAAAGGAUUUAAAGAAAAACAUUAUCUUCAGACACACAUUAGACUCCACACUGGAGAGAAACCUUUUGCCUGUGACCGGUGUGAUAAAAGGUUUCAUGCAAAGACAAGUCUUAAAACUCACCUGAAGGUUCAUUCAGGGGAAAAACCUUUUCCAUGUGACAUUUGUGGGACAAGAUUUAAAAUGAAGGGAACUCUUAAAAACCACAUGAUGAUUCACACCACAGAGAAACCAUUUGUGUGUACUGUGUGCAGUAAAGGAUUUUCACUUCAAGUUCACUUAAAGAGUCACAUGUGUGUCCACACGGGAGAGAAGCUGUUCAUUUGUAAUGUUUGUACCAAAGGAUUUUCACAACAAAUUCAUCUUAAGAUUCACAUGCGCAUUCACACCGGAGAGAAGCCGUUUACUUGUAGUGUUUGUUCCAAAGGAUUUUCACAAAAAGAGACCUUAAAGAGACACAUGUGCGUUCACACGGGAGAAAAAGCAUUUAUUUGUAGUGUUUGCAGUAAGGGAUUUUCACAAAAAGAGACACUAAAGAGACACAUGUGUGUUCACACUGGUGAGAAGCCAUUCAUUUGUGAUCUUUGUUCUAAGGGAUUUUCGCAACAAAUUCAUCUGAAAAGUCACAUGCGUGUUCACACAGGAGAGAAACCAUUUGUUUGUAGAGUUUGUGCUAAAGCAUUUUCAAAACAAGAGUCUCUAAAGAGACAUGUGUGCUCACACAGAAGAUAAACUUUGUGGUAAAGGAACAAGUUUCCUCUGUCCUCUGACAAAUUUCUUUAAAGGGACAGUGAAAAUAGUUGCUCUAAUAGGAAGAGCUCUCAAGUUGCAUUUAAGAAGGAAGCCAGAAGUGGGGCAGUGUUUGUAAAGCCAACAUUAAGCAGCCGUCUUCUCAAUUGAUGCCCACAUGGUCUUACAGAAAGUAAUCAUCUAAUUUAUUUAAGCUUCAAUUGUGAAGCUGAACUGUCAAAGUGGACGGUUUUGCAAAUCAAUUCAAAUGACCUCAGAGGCCAUGGAAACGACCAAAACAUCCGGUAUACAUGCUUGGUGGGGUUUUAUGCUCAAAGGUAUUUAUUUGAAUGCUUGACAUGACAUGUAAAAGCUAAGUUUUCAUGGACCUGAUGAGAAAUGUUGUGAUAUGUGAUAAUCUUAUUUUUGCUCAUUUACAAAUCCACAUAUUUGGCGGACAGAGUAUAUGACAGAAUCUAAAAUUUAAGAUAAUGUUUAGUUGUGCAUUGUUUUACUUAUUGUUAUUUGUAUGUAUUAUUUAUGUGUUUGGCUUGACUCCCAAUAAUUGUAACGCUGUAAAGUUUGUAGAGUAUGUUGUUAUGCUAAAUGCUUUCACUCUCUCAAA